AUGUCGUCAAGUCGGUCUAACUCGUCAAAUUCUGUUGCUCAAAGCCAUGCCUCGCGUCGCGACAACCAAUCUAUUUCCUCCAACCAUUCGGGACGCAGUGAGCGAACAAGUAGUUCACGGACACAUCCAGCGGUAGAGUCUGCGAUGACACGUCUGCUGAUGUCUAUCAAGAUGCUGCUGGAGGCGCUCACACAAUGGAGUCUCUUGGAAGUGGACGAAACCCACGUCAGUGAUGUAUACGUUCAGUUGGGGAACGACUUCAAUGCUGCAGUGGCAGCGUUCGCCGCGUUCAAUAUCGAUAUGAAUGAGCUUCUAUCUGUACCAGACGACUUGCGAACAGUCCUGGAGCAAUGUCUUGCUGAAGAUCCUACAUCCGGAAAUCUUGAGAUAUACCUUCCGACUGUCAGACAAAUCAUUACCCAGCUGCUGCAAGGUCUACGGGGAAAGCAGUCCACAUAUCGGCGCCUUAUCUCUAACCAUCGACGAAGGUCUAAGCAGUCUGGCCAUGAGAGGACUGACAGUCGGUCGUCACGUAGCGAUCGAGCAACGCGGCAGGAACCAUCGCAUCGAAGUCAGCUAUCGCGAACUAUUGCAGAAAAUGGAGAUUAUCGAAGAAGUGGGUCGUCAUCGGGAAGAAGUCUUGGUCAGUCAUCUCGCGAACAA